GAGUCCUGCGACUCUGUUAGAAGGGUGGUGAGGUGAAGGGAGUACAAACACACUUUAAGCCUCUUUAGUCCGGGUGCUGCUGUGGUGAAGAGGAGAGGGGGAAAGGUUUGGCACAAGAGGAACAGCAAGUUUGUUUCAUCCAAACCUCUGAAGAAGAGACAAAAGGGGGCAUGCUGGCUCAUCAGGGGCUCGGUCACAUGACUUUCUCACAGACACCGGGACGUCACUCCUCAUCCUCUCCUCAAAGCGGCUGCAGGAUGUCCGAGGGGGACGUUACAGUGCUGCCCUUUGGACGGGGCUCCCUGGACAUGUCCAAACAGGAGCAGCGCUCGCUGACCAGGCUCUACAGCCAGAACGGAGGAUAUCACCUCAGGGUUCUGCCAGACGGCACCGUGAACGGCGGCAGGCAGGAAAAUGACUCCUAUGACAUCCUGAGGCUGAAGGCGGUGAGCGCCGGAGUCGUGGUCAUCAGGGGCGAGGCGACAGGCAGAUAUCUGGCUAUGGACCCAAACGGAAGCCUUUAUGGAUCACAAACGUUGAAUGACGAAUGUUACUUCCUGGAGAAGUAUGAGGAGAAUCACUACAACACGUACCGCUCUCAGAAGUACGGCUGGUACGUGGCGCUGAAGAGGAGCGGCCAGCCCAAAGCCGGACCGGACACUCACCACGGCCAGAAGGCCAUCUUCUUCCUGCCGCGGUCUGCAGGUGGCGUGUAAACCCAGACGGCAGCGGGAAAUUCAUCCUCGCCGAGACUGUCUUUAUGCACAAGUGUCACGAGGUUACUUCAAAUCAAUACAUGACGGUAAAGCAAACACAUAACACUGAUUCGCACCGGGUACAGCAUGAAUGUUUUUAGAUGACUUUAGGGGGGUUUAAGUAAAACGGGUAAUAUAAUGGCUAGCUUUUCAUACCCCUUGAAUGUUUCACAUUUUGUCACCACAGAUGUGUUUUAUUAGGAUUUUAUGUGACAGGCCAACACAACAUGCUAUAUAAUUAUUUUUCAAAUAAAAAAACUAAAAGUGUGGCACAUAUAACUAAAUAAAAUCCUAUGCAACCAAGAGUGGCAGAAGUGUGGCAGAAGACUAUCACUGCACACCUGAACACAUCGUCCCCACUGUGAAGCAUGGUGGUGGCAGCAUCAUGCUGUGCAGAUGCUUUUCUUCAGGAGCGACAGGAAGGCUGAACCAUGUAUCAUUAACCUUCUAGUUCAGAAUUACAGGACAUGUUGUGUUGGACUAUUACAUUAAACACAAAUCAUAUGUGGUUAUAAUGUGCUAAAAUGUGGAAAAGUUCACGGGGUGUGAAUAUGUACGAAACCCGCUGUAUAUGAUCACCACAUGGAUAUCAGCCAAUAUCCAGAAUGCUCUCUGCUUAUAAGAACAUGUGCUCCAUGAGAAGGUAUGUGAGGCCUCGGUGGACGUCAGCCUUGAUAAAUGUGUGUUCACUUUGAGCCCCGGUUUGAAAUACCACCGCUGUGAGGAAGCAACAGGAGCUUUUAUGCCGGUAUAGUCCCACAGUCGGACACGUUGAGCACAGGCAGCUCUCAGUGGAGGACAAAGCCCCAUGUUACAGGACGAGAACCCCACCAUCAACAGGUUUUAAUAUAUGUAUCAUGAAGAUGAUAAGAAAAGCUGUUUAAUUUCUGUUUAUAUCCUUCCAUGGCAACAAACAUGGUUCAUGUGACCAAAUGAACUGACAUCCAAGCUGAAACGUGCAAAACUCUUGAAAGGUUCUGCUGUGCAGAGAAACUCCAUCACAUCUGAUUCCAGUGCAUUCUGGCUGCUCCCUCAUGCUGUCGCCACAGUGGAUCAUGUGUGAUUUGGCUCAAGUUUUAAGGCAGACACACAACUUUUUUUGCAUUUUACAACUAUGUGAUGCAGCCUGAGCAUUCUGGGGGUCGAGGGCUCUGCUACUGCGAGUCUUAUUCUUUAUAACAUGUGUCAGAUGUAAAGACUUUUAAUCAAAGCAGUUGUAUUUUUAAGAGAAUGUUUUGCAUUUUCUAGACGAAAAGGUGAAUCAUUUCGUUGUAUUUACUCAGAAUGUUGUAAAGGGUCAAGUGUGAUUUCCUUUUCCAACAAUACAGUUUCAUCAUCCAGCUAAAGCCUUGUUUCGAUCUGUCUGUCACAUUAAAACCAGUCAAAUUAGCAUGUGAAUAUUUAUUCUGAAGGUUUCAUCCACAAUAAAAUGUAAUCGUACUUAAUAUUGUUUAAAAAUAUAGUGAAGGAGAAAAAAGGCUAAAAGUCACCUUUUCAUGGAGUAAUACAUAUUGUAUAUAUUUUUAAAUUAUUGAUAUGAAUACGAAAUGAAUGUUAAGUGAAUAUAUUUUGUAAUGGAUCAAUAAAAUAAUAAAUGGGAUGCAUAUUCCACUAUG